AUGUCUGCAGAGGAUGCCGGCUUCAAAGCUGCCCUACACGAGGCUCACCAAGGCAGCAGUGAAGGCGGAGUGCCAAUCGGUGCAGCCUUGGUGUCAGCUGACGGCAAGAUACUCGGCCAGGGACACAACAUGCGUAUACAGAACAGCAGUGCCACUCUCCAUGCAGAAAUAUCCGCUCUGGAGAAUGCAGGCCGCCUCCCAGCCUCAGCUUACCAAGGUGCAACCAUGUACACCAGUCUCUCGCCGUGUGACAUGUGUACUGGCGCGUGCAUCAUGUACAAGAUUAAAAGGGUGGUUAUCGGUGAGAACAAGACGUUCGUUGGAGGUGAAGAGUAUCUGAAGAGCAAGGGCAUCGAAGUAGUGGUGCUGCAGGAUGAGGACUGCCGGGCACUGAUGAACAAGUUCAUCAACGAUAGGCCGGGAGAUUGGUACGAGGACAUUGGAGAGGGACAGUAG